AUGGCGAGCAAUGUGAUGACUAAUUCACUACUACCUCAGUUCAAUGGUCUUAGAGCAAGCAAGAUCUCUGUAUCGCCAGUUCAAGUUUUGCCAAUGAGACGCAAGGGAAAUGGAGCUUUGGGUGCAAAGUGUGACUUCAUUGGUUCAUCAACAAAUCUGAUAAUGGUGACGACGACGAGCCUGAUGCUGUUCGCGGGAAGAUUCGGGCUGGCGCCAUCAGCCAAUAGGAAAGCGACAGCUGGACUAAGACUUGAGGUGAGGGAUUCGGGUCUACAAACGGGUGACCCGGCCGGGUUCACACUCGCCGACACCUUAGCAUGUGGCACCGUUGGACACAUCAUCGGCGUCGGAGUUGUGCUCGGCCUUAAGAAUAUCGGUGCUCUGUAA